AUGGAAAGGAAAGAACCCAAAAAGAUAGCUAGAUUACAGAGAGUGAAACGGCCAAGGGGAAGAAGGAGAUAUGGUCAGAAUGAGGAUGGUGAGAUUGGUGAACAAGACGAAACAGCUUCUACGGAUUCCGGUGGAAUUCCUGGUGUUCUAGUUAUCCCUGGUUAUCAUUAUGAUCCCAAUACCAAAAAGUACUUCAAGAUAACUCCAGGAUGGACACCGAAAGUACCUGAGCCUGAGAAACCUGUAGUUCUGGCGAAGCCUAAAAAGAUAAAUCCGUUGCUGUUAAUGAAUGAUUUCAACUGUGGAGCCAUUCGACAUAAUGAAUAUUCACGUCGUUUGAGAGAAGGAAGAAUUUUUGAAGUCAAUCCAAAACCAUCAGCGAUUUAUGAAAUCGUGAAUCCUUCAUCCUUCAGUGUUCCAUUGAAUGGUUGCCAAUUCAUGGAACCGUCUGUUGACGGAAAAACUAUUUUUUCAUGCUGGAGUAGUUCUAACAACGGUUAUCAAGAUGAAAAAUUGUCCAGAAUUACGAUCAAAGUUAGUUAUGAUCCUGAUAUAGCUGAGAAAGCUCAUAGAUUAGAGGACUCACGAACAGAAGAAGAGAAUUUAGAAAAUCCUUGUAACAAAUCGGGUAUCUAUUUGGCAUGCUCGGAUAUCUCGUCCGAUUUGAAAGGAAAUUCUUUAGUUGAUGCUUGUGUGGCACGCGUCGAUAAAGAUGUCACUUGCUGUCUCUAUGUUGUAGCGGGAACAAUGUUGACUGAGCACGGGUUACGUAGUCGUUGUUCCGUUAAAUUCGAACCUCUUCCGGAGUUUUGUACUCGGGACUACUUCAACUUUCAAAGUAGUCCUAUCUAUAACCAGAAGUGGGCUGUGGAUUGCUCUGUAUAUAGUUGUGGCUGGUCCGGUAACAAAAUGAGAGUUUCUAUAGGAAUGGGAGAAUGUGCUAGAAUACUUGAUAUCAUAGCCGAAAGUAGUUUUGUAAUCUCCAGCAAGAAGAAGAAUGUAAUCAGUCAACAGUUUUCCUCAGAUGGCAAUCUCCUGUUUAUGGGUUUGCGAGCAGAAAACGCUAUUCAAUCUGAUUUACGAAUGCCUUCCAAACACGUGACUGCUUCGCUUAAAGGGACUCGAAACACAUCUUAUUUACGAGUUUUGGAACAUACCCAUCCCAAUAGUCUUGUGACUGAUACCUUUGCCGGAGAAUUAAAACUGUGGGAUUUACGUCGACCUGAUAGAGAACUGCGAGAAUUCAAAGGACAUGCUAACAGUCACUAUCGCUUACCAGCUUUCGUAGAUAGCAACGAACAGUUUUUGUUUGCCGUGGGCGAAGAUGAAGUUACAAGAGGAUGGUCCUUAGCUACUGGAGAUAUGUUAUGCGAAAUCCCUUCACCUUGUCCAUCACCUGGUCGAACAGACUUCCCAAGAGUUGUUUAUAAUGAUUCUUGGGGUGGGCGUGUGAACAAUCCAGCUUUAAUCAUAGCUAAUGGAAAUUCUUGCCGAGUCCAUCCUUUAUUUCAUUGA